AUGAUACGUAGUGCUACGGACUGGAAGAUCUCAAUCUGUUUCCAAGAUGAUAAGCGCCCUCAGUCACCUCUCGCUAUAAGUGACCUCAACCUCCUGACAAGCAGCUGUGAUUGGUUUAUAAUUGCAGGCGACCUAAACGCCAAGCAUCCCUUAUGGAACACCAACAGCGUUAAUCCGGCAGGUCGGGUUCUAUACCGCUAUGCCCAAAACUCCGACUACGUCGUUACCGCACCCAGCUCACCUACCCACUUCCCAAAUAACCCCGUCCAUCGACCACACAUAUUGGACGUAGCACUACACAAACUCCCACUACAUUUUGUUGAAGUCUUCAACUUAAAUGAAUUAUUUUCCGAUCACAACCCCAUUCUACUCAUUAUUUCAGACUCCCCUGUGACCGCCGCACCGCCACAUACAAGUCGUAGAAUAAAUUGGCUAAAAUAUGCCAACUUACUUGAGAAAUCAAUUCUAAACUCAAAUGUACUAACAGAUACUUCAGAAAAAAUCGAUUCAGCUCUCCAAUACCUGUCCAACACCAUCGCGUCCACAGUCGAAUCAUGCUCAUACGUACCCACAAGCCGCUACAAUCACCAAAUUCCGAAUGAAAUCCUUGUGGAAAUUGCAUCGAAAAACCGCAUCCGUCGCGAAUGGCAACAAACCCGUGAUCCUGCAACUAAACGCCAACUUAACAGUAAAAUCAAAUUUAUAAGAACACUCCUGCAAACUCACAGACAAGAUGAAUGGGACAAGUUUUUGAACUCGUUGGAUAUCAAUGACAACUCCAUCUUCAAACUCAACAAAAAGCUGCUAAACAAAACCCCAGCCACUCACCCGCUUUCAGGCCCAAACUCUCUUUUAUACAGCGCAAAAGACAGAGCUGAGCUCUUCUCCGUUACUUACGAACACCAAUUCACCGAAAGAUAG